UUCAUACGUUAUCAGAUCAGCUUUUAUGCAAUUUGCAUUAUUAAAGCUAAGUGAAAGUCCAAUUUGAUCAUUCGAUAUAUUAGUGAAUUUUCAGUGCAUCAAUGGAAAUACGUUUACUAUUUUUGUGCUUCAAUUUAAUUCCAGCAACUCCUAUAUGAUUCUAAGAACUUCAUCAGAUCAACCUUGAAAUCCAAUCGUUUAUAAUGUGAACAUUGGCAGAUAUUUUUCAUUGUUUUCCUCCUCUCGCGACCCUUUGGAAUAAAUUAUGCCUUCGAAUUUGAUUUUAAUACUUUUAUUAGCAAUUUGUGCUAAUGUAAUCCUAAGUGAUACCACUACUGAAGGUCCCAUUGUACUAACUCGACAAGGGGCUAUUCAAGGAAGUCGUGUAAACGUAUCUGGUUUUGUUGUUGAAAGAUUUCUCGGUAUUCGUUAUGGAUUGAUUCCUCGACGAUUUGUUUAUUCUCAAGUCAACAAUAAUAGUUGGUCAGGAGUUCUAGACGCGACUAAAUAUGGUUCAAUAUGUCCACAAAAGUCUUCUGAUUUGCCAAUGGAUGAGGACUGUUUGUUCCUCAACAUUUGGAGACCUGCAAUGUCCGAUCCGAAUGUAACAUUGCCUGUUCUUUUCUGGGUUCAUGGUUCAGGAUAUCAACAAGGAUCUGGAGCACAAAACUCGGGUGAUCUACUGGCACCUUAUGGUAACAUGAUAAUGGUAACCAUCAAUUAUCGUCUUCGAUCAUUUGGUUUCGCUUUUGGAGAUGAAAAUGAAAUCCAAGGCAAUCAAGCAGUUAGUGAUAUCAUCGCUGCACUCAACUGGGUUCGUCAAAACAUUGCCUUCUUUGGUGGUGAUCCAAGUCGAGUUACUUUUGCAGGUCACUCAGCUGGUUCCAUGAUGGGCUCAAUAAUUCCAGUGCUGACUGCACUUGACGAUACCCUCUACUCACGACUUUGGCUAAUCAGUGGAGUCUCUGUCAAUCCAAUGUUCAUUGAAGACGCAUCAGUCAGUCUAGCCAAGACUAAGCUCUUAGCAUCAAAAGUUGGUUGUGGCUCUGAUGCUCCUGGACCGUUAACAAGUCAAACCAUUUCUUGUCUUCAAACUGUCAACGUUUCGGCUAUACUUGAACACGAUUUGGACUUCGAUAUUAAAAAACUUGGCGGUGCUGAUUACCCAGCUUUUUUUCCCAACCUAUGGUACUCCUUUGAUUCCAAUGCCACUUGUUCAACUUUUCAAAUCCAAUCCAAAAGUCAGAAGGACUACCAUUUUCAACGCUAUUCAUCAAGAUGAAGCAAGCACUUUUUAUGGUUACUUGAAGCCCACUAACAAGUUAGAAGCUUAUAAGAUGGCUUUUGAUCAUUUAUCGUUCGUCAAAAAAGAUGUGACUGAAGCACAAAUGCAGCCAUUCUUCGAAUACUAUUUCAACGACACGAAGGAUAGCGACCCUAAAGCACUUCGAACAGCACUCGCCAGUUUCAUAACUGACUAUACAUGGGGAUGUACUUCUUUGAUGUUAUCCGAACUUUAUUCAACAUACCAUUCAGUUCGAUUUGCCGUCUUCAAAUAUGUUCUAGAUAAAUAUGGUAAAGAGGCACGACCUGGUGGUCCACAACAUGUAGAUGAAAUUGAACUUUAUUUUGGCGAGCCAUUCAUGUCUAAGCCGACGGAAGUACCUUUCAAUUUAGGAACUUAUUCAGAACAAGAUAAAAUACAAAGUUUACGAUUAAUGAAGUCAUUGGCUGAUUAUGUUCAUGGCAAGGAGCCUGAUGAUUGGCCUGUGUUGAAAUUCAAUAGUUCAAACCCAGAAAAGGAACCAAUUGUUCGAGAAAUUAAUGCUCAAGACAGAAAUGUCGAGUAUUCAAAGCAACACAUUUGCCUUGAAUGGUCAAAACUUUUUGAAUACGACAUAACAAUGUAAUAACUAUGUAAAAAGUAAAUUAGAUCACGAUUCUUCAAAAAUAACAGUAUUAGUUAAAUGCUUCAUGAAUCAAACUAUUUUAUUAAAAUCAUUUUUGUCAAAAA